AGUAUCUGUACGGACAGCAGUGCCUCAGCAUUUAAGUGAAAUCUACAUCACGUUGAACUUCCCUUACCAAAGAAUCAUCUCAGCAUCCAGAGAGUAAACACUGUAAACACUGACAUCAUGGAAGAGCUUGAUUUAUACUGCCAGGACAUCAUGCCAAGUGCUGAGCCUCAGGAUCAGGGGAAUUACAUAGAGCCCUUGAGGAUCAUGCUUCUUGGGAAGAGUGGGGUCGGCAAGAGCUUGAGUGGGAACACCAUCAUCGGAAAACAGGUGUUUAAAUCAGACAUGAAGCUGAAGAGAGUCACUCGAUUCUGUGAGGCAGGGAGUGGGACGGUAAAGGAUGUCCCCGUGUCUGUGAAAGGGGAAAAAAAGGAUGUGCCUGUCACUGUGAUUGACACUCCUGGCCUUUUUGAGACAAACCGUGACAAGGAGGUUUUAGUGCGGGAUAUUCUGAAAUGUGUCAAACUCCAGGAAUCAGGACCUCACGUCUUUGUGUUGGUUGUCCCGGUUGGAAGGAUGACUCAGGAAGAUGAAGACACCAACUCCGUACUGGAGGAAAUGUUCGGCCCAAAUAUUUGGGACUACACCAUCGUGCUGUUCACCCAUGGGGAUCGUCUGGAAGGUAAAACGAUAAACGGCGUCAUCACCGAGAGUGACGAGAAACUCCAAACAUUAAUACGCAAGUGCAGCGGCGGCUUUCACGUCUUCGACAACAAGUCCCCGCAGGACCAGGACCAAGUGACCAGCUUCAUCGAAAAGAUCCAGACCUUGGUGGCCCUGAAUGGAGGGAAAUAUUACAAAACAGAUAUGUAUCCAAAGCAGGAGAGGAAGAUAAGAGAAAUACAGGAGAGGCUCCUGGCAGAGAGACAUGAUGACAUAUUAAAGGCUGAGGAACGAAUGAGAGAGCAUUUGAAGGGGCAAGACCUGGGAAAAAGGAUCUCGGAGAUGUGGAGAAAAGAAGAGAACAGAGCAAGAGAGGGUGCAGAGAAAUACAUGCGCACAAAUUUCUACAUCUGGAUUUGCAUUCUCUUCCUGGUAGGAUUAGCACUGCUAGGUGUCUGGCUUCAGAUGCCAGUGGUGUGGUGCCUGGCAAUAGUUUUGAUUGUGAUUGUGAUUUCCGUCCAGAAAGGGUUCGUUUUUCCAGCUGCAUCAGGAGGACAUCAGCAGCACUUUAAGAAAAAAUAAUAGGCCUUGGUGUGUUUUGAGAUAGUGAAGCUCGUCCUGAAUGAAUCCACCCGAUGAAGUCCUAACCCACUACACCACUCCCUUCACUGGUUACCAGUGGCUGCCCAAAUCUGGGCUAUUCCCUCACUGCGAGUAGGACCCAGAAACCGUUCAACAAAAAAACACACCUGUUUGCUAUCCUGACUUCAAAAGGCUGUAACCACGUCCCUUUUGGCAUCAGGACAGCAGGAAGUCUUCACAUCUUCACCUUGGCUCCACACUGCCCUCAUCAGCCCUCUAUCUGCUUGGACAAAAAACCGAUGCAUGCCCAAAAAAAGGGGGCAGAGAAUUAUAAGAUGAAACAAAAGGGGCACCACUUAAAAAGGACACACGGUAUAUGUUGUGUUUAUUUACAUAUUCAUAAUCAGUGGGCUAAUCAGUUCUUAAAUCUCUAAUAGAUGUUUAAUUAUUGCUGUCGAUUUUGUUUUCAGUCCUUUCAUUUGUUUUUUAUUUUCCCACUCCAUUUUGCUAUCACAUAUAUACUUACAUAAAGUUAGCUAACAAUAUAUAAUGUUUGAGGUGGUAUUUCGUGUCAAUAAUGAGUAUAAACAUUUUAAAAAAGAACGACUAGGUGUUUAAUCUGGGUAUUGUAGGGUUAUUAAGCAGUGUGCAAUGUGACUAUAAAUAUGAUGGGAUGGUGACCUCUAGUGGUUUCCUACCUGAAUAUGUGACUGCUGAUUGGACCUGAAAAGUCAGUUUAAGCUGUCAGUCCGUCAGUUUCUGUUUCAUUUCCUCUGGUUGGUCAGAGCAGCGGUAAGAGACUCUUUUCUGAUUUCAUUUUGUCAAUGCUAAUUCCGGUGAUUGUUGAACAAGUUAAACAUCAGUAUAUAUACAAAAUAAACAGACAUAAUUACAUACAA